AUGGAGAUCCUGAGGCGCAGCAUCUUUCGCUCCUGGUUCAGAGUGCACCGUUCACCGAGGCGCAGGUGGAGACAAGCUUUCAGUGUGGAACCACGAACAAAACUUGCUGAAGAGGGCCACCAUGAAGACUGCCUCCUCCCUCACCUCGCCUCUUUAGCUGAGAGAUGGCUUCUGUACCUGCACCAGCGGACAUCAAUUGCCCCAUAG